AUGGGAAAUUCUCACCCAAUCCACGUCCACCCGGUGCGACCUCUGUACCGCUUCACUGCCACUGCGUUGGGUGCCAGCAUGUGGUUCUUCCUCAUGUAUCGGGCCAAGAAGGAUGGACCGGCUCUGCUGGGCUGGAAGCACCCGUGGGACCAUUAA